AUGAUCGAAAAUGUCGUGCUCUGUGAGGUGGCCCCCGAGCCUGCGCCGCAGCCUGCGGCGCCGGACGCGCAGAAGGCGGCGCCGCCGGAGCGGCAGCGCGCUGCGCGGCAUGCGCCGCGGGAGGUGGAGAACGCGGACACGGUGGACGACGAGGUCUUGCCCGAGGAGCACCACGCCGCCGCCAGGGACCGGAACACCUCCCUCAUCGAGGAGGACAUCCUGCAGGAGCAGGCCACGCCCUCGAACAGGGGGAACCAGCUCGGCGGCACUGUGGUCGAGGAGAUCGAGUACGACGACGACUUUGAGGAGGCCGGCGAAGAAGACCACGAGGAGGUCUACAGGCCGGUGAUCACCCCGGGCCCCUCGCCGGACCCCGACAAGAACGGCCGGGCGGCGACGCGGCCCACGUCGGCGGCUCCCGCGCAGAGCAGCCCGCAGCCGUCCUCCAGGGGCGAAGAGGCGGGGCCCAGCGCGGACGACAUCAAGAAGGCCAUGGAGAGCGAGAACGAGAGGCUGGCCCGCAAGUCCAUCGAGGCCGACGGGAAGUCUGUGAUGGGGGCCGCCGGGAAGCCCCAGAAGAAGGGCAUCAUGAGCGAGUACCAGUCCACGAUGCCGAAGUUCAACUUGGGCUCCGGCUCUAACUCGGCCGCACUGCAGAGGGCGAAGGACCUUGCGAAAAUGGGCGUCCUCGGCCGGAUGGUGGUGGAGACGGGCGAGCUAUACAUGCAGCGCCCGCAGAAGGACUACGCGCUCUUCUUGGCGGGCAAGUCCCUGAAGUAUUGCAACCUCCACACCGUCGGCUCCCAGACAGGCGAUGACAACAUGGACAUGGGCAUCAACACCGACGAAAUAUUGUGUGACGAGCAGGCGUACGAGCUCCGCUCCAAGACGUCCAAGGAGCUGCUGAAGGAGCUGGACGAGAUGAAGAGCGAGCUGGCGCAGCUGCGUGUUGCCAAGGUAGCCGGUGGGGCGGCCUCCAAGUUGGCGAAGAUCAAGAUCGUGCGCAAGUCCAUCGCGCGGAUCUUGACAGUUUACAACCAGAAGCAGAAGGCAGAGGCGCGGAAGGAGUGCAAGGGCAAGAAGUACAUCCCCCUGGACCUGCGGCCGAAGAAAACGCGCGCCCUCCGCCGCGCGCUGAAGGUCGAGCAGAAGACCGCCAAGACUGCCAAGGAAAAGACUCGCAGCAGCAACUUCCCCAUGCGCCGCUUCGUGGUGACCAUGUGA